UUUUAUUAUUCCACAUUUCUUCCCUCGCGUUAUCUCACUCCUUCUUUCCCUUUCUUUCCCUCUCCCUCUCAAAUUCAACGCUUCUCAAUCAACAGAAUCCCGCAAAAUUUCCAAUUUUCUUUCACUUCCCAACGGAUCUCAUCAUUAAUAUCUCAUAAAAUCUUUCUUUCUCCGCUUGUUUUCUCCAAUUUUACUCCCUUUGCUAGGGUUUAUCCCCAUAGAUCUAGCUCCAUUUCCCUCCAAUUUCCGCUCCUCCAUUGGCCAGUAUGCUGAAUUUUAGCCCUCUAUCUGUGCAAUUUACUGUUAUAGAAUGUGAUUAGAAUUUGAUCACUUUGCUAAGGAGUGUCACUACACUGUCACUUGUUUGUUUGGGUGUGUGUUUUUCCUAGUAAUGGCUGCUUUGCAGCGAGUGGCGUUGAGCGCGACUGCCAGUGAUUAUGGUUCUUGUAAAGGUGGUGGUGCUGCUGCUGAUGCGGUGGUUUCUGAUCAGUUUCCAGUGGGCUUGCGUGUUUUGGUUGUGGAUGAUGACGCUACUUGCUUGAGGAUUGUUGAGCAGAUGCUUCGCCGUUGCCUUUAUCACGUUACAACUUGUUCCCAGGCCAAAGUAGCUUUGAAUCUUCUGAGGGAAAGGAAAGGCUGUUUUGAUGUGGUGCUAAGUGAUGUUCACAUGCCUGAUAUGGAUGGAUAUAAACUUCUUGAGCAUGUGGGCCUAGAAAUGGACCUUCCAGUUAUUAUGAUGUCUUCUGAUGGAAGAACAAGUGCUGUAAUGAGGGGGAUUAGACAUGGAGCUUGUGAUUAUUUGAUUAAACCUAUACGCGAAGAAGAACUCAAGAAUAUAUGGCAGCAUGUUGUUAGGAAAAAGUGGCAUGAAAAUAAAGAACUUGAACAUUCUGGAACCUUGGAAGAUAAUGACCGGAAUAAACGAGGAAACGAUGAUGCUGAAUAUGCUUCUUCUAUUAAUGAAGGAGCAGAAGGAGUUCUGAAAGUUCAGAAAAAGAGGAGCAAUUCCAAAGAUGAAGAUGAUGGUGAACCAGAAAAUGAUGAUCCCUCCACAUCAAAGAAGCCACGUGUCGUAUGGUCUGUAGAGCUUCAUCAACAAUUUGUCAGUGCUGUAAACCAGCUUGGAAUUGACAAGGCUGUACCUAAGAGAAUUCUAGAAUUGAUGAAUGUACCUGGUUUAACCAGGGAAAAUGUUGCAAGUCAUUUGCAGAAGUUUAGACUAUAUCUGAAGAGAUUAAGUGGGGUUGCUCAACAAGGCGGGGUUUCAAAUGCAUUUUGUGGCCCCUUGGACUCCAAUGUGAAACUUAAUUCACUUGGAAGAUUUGACAUUCAAGCUUUGGCUGCCUCCGGUCAGAUUCCUCCACAAACUUUAGCAGCUCUGCAUGCUGAGCUUUUUGGUCGACCAGCAGGUAGCCUAGUUACAACCUUGGACCAACCGGCUCUUUUACAAGCACCCAUGCAGGGUUCCAAGUGUAUUCCUGUUGAACAUGGUGUCGCAUUCGGUCAACCAUUAGGAAAAUGUCAAUCCAACAUUUCUAAAGCUUUCCCACAAAAUAUGGUAUCUGUUGAACAUGUUGCUUCAGGAUUUGGAGCCUGGACUUGUAAUACCAAUCUUGCAGGUAUGACUACUCAAAAUGGUAGCAUGUUGAUGGACAUAUUACAUCAGCAACAGAAACAUCAGCAACAGCCACAGCAGCAGUCACUAUCAGAGCCCAGCCGUUCAAUCAAUGUGCAGCCAUCUUGCCUGGUGGUCCCUUCUCAGUCAUCAGCCAGUUUUCAGGCAGGAAAUAGUCCUGCUUCAGUCAAUCAGAAUUGUAACUUUACCAGGAAAACUCUCGUUGAUUACAGCCUUCUGUCAUCUCAAUCAAAUAAUUCAUCAUUGAAUAUUGGGCAGACACCAGAUGGGAAUCUAAAAACUACAGUUGUCGUUGGGUAUGCAGCCCCUGGUUCCAUAUCUCCUUCUGCUUCAUCAAGUUCUGUUAAUGCUGACAGUGGCAUCACUCAUCAAGUGCAAACUUCAGCCAUUACAUUUGGAGCUACUAGACAUUUACCAGGGCUUGCUUCUAAUAUAUGUGAUGUCCAGGGUACCUAUGGUGCAAAGUCUGCUGAAGUUCUGGAUCAAGGACCACUUAGGAACCUUGGAUUUGUUGGUAAAGGGACUUGCCUUCCAAGCCGGUUUGCAGUGGAAGAAUUCGAGGCACCAAGUAACAACUUGAACCACGGAAAAAUUUAUGUAGAGAACAGUGGCAGUAAAGUGAAGCAGGAGCCAAAUACGGAAUACUCAGAUAUUGCAAGAAUUGGCAUCCCAGUGUUGGAGCAACUUCCUCCAAAUGAUCUCAUGAGCGUUUUCACAGAAUAGGCUUUAUUUGUGCGGUGGAUCCAGGGGGGCAUGAUUGUCAUGGAAAGUACAAUUUAUUUGGUAUUAGCACGGAAUCAAUUCAAAGUCCAUAAUUUAUUACGGAUUUAAUUUCCGGCCACUGCAUUGUCUUCAGGCAAAGUGGAUCCUCCUCAGUAUCUACUUUGUGUAAUUCCAUUGAAGCGCUGGGGCGGAGCGCUAUACAUGUAUCAAGUAGUGUUUCCUUUCCUUUCCAUUAGUCCGUAGGAAAAAUAAGUUGCGUUAGAUUUUCAACGGCUUGAAAUGAAGUCCCACAUGAUGGCGUCUUGCCUACCGGUAGAUGUGUAGUUAUUUGGGUACGGUGAUGAUGAAAUGCUAAUUUGUUUAUAUUAUGCAAUUCAUUCACCAAGUGCUGUUCUCUUUCUUUGAUUUACAUAUUAUAAUAUUUUACCUGGCAGCAUUUGGGAUUCCUUUGCA